GUCUAAAAUGAAUGUCGAUGUUGAUUCUAUCCUGAGUGAAUUACUUCGGAGCACACCAGUGAAUGUUAGUGUUACACCUCGACCAUAUGGUCUAUCGUCCGAUCUCAAACCUCAGAUACUUGAACAAUCUUUCAUUACUCUAGUUACUCCUGUUAUUCAAGAUACUCAGGACACCACACUAAUGCUAGAAGGACCUAGUUCAUCUAUGAUGUUGAGUGCGUUAUCGAACGUGAUGUCGAAUCCGACUCAACCACCAUCACCAUAUCCUAGCUCUAUUAGCGUAUCAACUAAUGAACAUUCGGGAGGUAGGCCUGAUUUUUAG